CGGGCGUCGGGAAGCGGCCGCCGGCCCGAGGACGUUUGGCCUCUGCGGGCUUCCGUAGCUGGGAGUGCGCCGCCGGUUCCUGCCGUUUCCCCUCACGGCGCUCUCGCUGCGAGGCCGCGAUGAGCGACAAGGGGGAGCUGGACCUGGCCGGGGCCAAGCAGAACACGGGCAUGUGGCUCGUCAAGGUUCCAAAAUACUUAUCACAACAGUGGAAUAAGGCUUCAGGAAGAGGUGAAGUUGGGAAGCUAAGAAUUGCCAAGAAUCAAGGAAGAACAGAAGUAUCUUUCACUUUGAACGAAGAUCUUGCCAACAUUGAUGAUAUUGGUGGGAAGCCAACUUCCAUCAGCGCACCCAGAGAACACCCUUUUCUCUUACAAAGUGUUGGAGGACAGAUGUUAACCGUGUUUACAGAGAGUUCACUGGAAAGUCAGACAGAUGAAAAACCUGAAAUCAGCAACAGUGAAAAACUGUCUCUGGAAGGAAUAGUAGUCCAGCGUGCAGAGUGCAGACCUGCAGCCAAUGAAAAUUACAUGAAGUUGAAAAGGCUUCAGAUUGAAGAGUCUUCUAAACCUGUAAGCUGGACUAUGCAGCUGGACAAAGCUGUAACCACUAACUACAAACCUGUGGCUAAUCAUCAAUAUAAUAUUGAUUAUGAAAAGAAGAAAAAGGAAGAUGGGAAGAGGGCUCGGGCUGAAAAACAGCAAGUGCUGGACAUGCUUUUUUCAGCCUUUGAAAAACAUCAGUAUUACAACAUUAAGGACUUGGUGGACAUCACGAAACAGCCGGUGAGCUACUUGAAAGAAAUUUUAAGAGAAAUAGGCAUCUACAACGUUAAGGGAACACACAAAAACACGUGGGAACUUAAGCCAGAAUACAGGCAUUACCAAGGAGAAGAUAAGAGCGAUUAGCGUAAUUGUUAAGCCAGGAAGAAAGUUGUCAAUUGUGGGAGCUGGAAGUUACUGAACUGUUCACCCUUAAAAUGCUAAGUGUUGAUAAUUUUUAAGAAGUCUAGCUUCAUUAAAAAAAAGAUUCUGCAAGAAACAUGUUUUGGUUCUGCAAACAUAUUAUUUAAAGAAUAAACAUGCAUUAGGUUUCUUUGUAAUAAUUGGCCUUUUAUCAUUUUUAUUUUUUUACAUUUUGUAAAAAUAUAAUGAUGUUAGUAAGGACUGGUAUUAUUUAUUGCAGAGAUGUGUUUAUUUCAUUACUAAAAUUCUGUAUGGUCCUGACCAUAUUAUGGGUUGCUGUCCAACUUUUUGAAUUAUGCCUUAUUAAGAAAUAGAAGUGGAACAUAGUUUGAAUAGCUCCUGAAAUGAUGGGAAGAGGAAAUUAAUACAACACGAAAGCAUUUAAAUACAGUAAGUAAAAAUGACUUCUUUGUAUUAAAAUUAUUUUGUUUCUGUAUUAAUAAAAGCAGUUUCUAAUUUGUACAAACACAAAA